GGUUGUGACCUACGAAUAUGAGCACUCUUGAUGCCAAAAAGAUAGAGGAGGCAGAGGCCUUUUUAGGACAGACGGCUAGUGCCGCGAAUGAGUAUGCCAAAGCUGGUAUGUAUUUCAAGGCAGCAAGCGCGUAUCGAAGUGCCAAAGGUUUCGAUAAGAGCAAGGAUUGUUUUUUGAAGGCCAUCGACUGUUACGAAAACAACAAGUCGUGGUUCCAUGCAGCCAAAUCCUACGAGCAGAUAAUCCUGCUGGCCAAAGAAACCGACCAACUGCCCGAAGUGGAGGACUAUGCCAAUAGGGCCUGCUGUCUCUACCAGCAACAUGGCUCACCGGAAGCGGCUGCGGCUGCUCUGGACAAAGCCGCCAAGAUGACGGAAUCCAAGCAUCCUGAACUGGCAUUGGGAUUCUACAAACGCGCCCUGGCCGUCGUCUCGAUUGCGGAGUCCACUCACCAGGCAGCGGAAUUCGCAUCGAAGGUUUCCCGGAUAUUGGUCAGACUCAAGAAAUACGAAGAGGCCAUCAAGGCCCUCAAAAAGGAAAUAAGCCUAAAUCUGCAAACAAAGUCCUUUGGACAAGUUGGCCGUUUGGUGGUGGCCUUGAUUCUGGUGCAAUUGACACUGCAGGAUUUCGUGGAUGCCAAGAAGACCUUCAAGAAAUGGGGUAGCCGUUGUGAUCCCCAGGAGGUGAACACACUGCAAAACCUACUCCAAGCUUUCGACGACGAGGAUGCCGAGCUGGCCGCCAAGAUGCUGGCCUCUCCAUUCAUAAGACACAUGGACGUGGAGUACGCACUUUUAUCCAAGGAUGUGCCUUUACCACAAGGAAGUGGACAGAUGGCCAAAAAUGGCGGCGACAGUGCUGGAAACUAAGGAGCUUUACAAUGUGUAGUUUAUAAAUGUUGUAGUAGUUUUAUUCUUGUUCAUCAGGUGAAAAAGUUGCAUAUUUGUAGGUACACUGUUAACAAUAUACAAAAAUAUAAAGUGUUAGCUUAGAAAACGCAUCAGGGGAACUUUUCGUGCCUUAAAUAGGCUUUCCGCAGUUUUUAUACGAAACAUAUAUUUUACCCUUGAAUUUAUUGUUACUAAAUCUUUUACACUA